AUGUUAGCAAUACCUAAGAGACUCCUUAGAUUUUUAUGGUCGAAGUAUCCGAGCAGAAACAUUAGAAGGGAAAGAUCAUUGUUAUUUUUCUACUCACGAAGUAAAAAGCACAUCUACGUAAACUUUUCCGAAAGUUUUGUAAGUUUCCUAAGGAUUCAAAUUCAUAUGACAAAACACUUUGAUAUCAUCAUCAUCACUCUUCUUAGUAAGAACAAGCUUUUUACAUCAAGACGGUAG